AUGAGCUCGCAGCGUUAUCAACGGGUGAACGCCCGCGAUGAAGAUGAUUCACAGUCCUAUCAGUUGCAUCCUACUCGAUCUGACCCCCACUCGACCUCACCAUCACCCUCAUUUCAUUCCUCAACAUCAUCGCCAUCGUCACGGCAACUAUUGCAUAGUGACCCACUUUCAAACGACGACGACGACCAAACCUUAGCCGAUGCCUUUGGAGAUGAGGAUGAAUCGGACGAGGAUGAUGAGCCAGAUGAUAGACAGCGCCUGAUGCGGGGGAACCCAGAUGUCCGGUCACCUCUAGAUAACGGACCAAUGUCAUCCUCAUCGUCAGAGUCCACGAUAGGCAUGCAAGACCAGUCUCAUAUUUCGGGGCUCACUCGACGACCAACAAUUCUCCCGAGCUUUACCUCGACAUCUUCAGGGAGUCGGGCUAUAGUUCCAUCGAAUGAUGGAGUCUUUGCUAACUUGGCUGCCAAGCCAGAACGGGGCGAAAAGAACGAGGAUCUGCCUCCUUCAUACGAAGAAGCUGCAGCCGACGCCACACCUCCGUACUGGGAGACAACUAUUGUUGCACCGGGGAUGUCCUCCGACGAAGUCUACGUGGAUGGAUUACCCGUUGGAUCGAUCUUCUCCUUCAUCUGGAAUGCGAUGAUCUCCAUGUCCUUCCAGCUUGUUGGAUUCCUACUCACUUAUCUCUUGCACACUACUCAUGCCGCAAAGAAUGGCAGCCGAGCGGGUCUUGGCCUCACUCUCGUUCAAUACGGUUUUUACAUGAAGGGUAGCAGUAGUGACACCUCAGACUCUGAUGGAAGUUCUGAUUCAUAUGCCCCACCACCUGACCCUAACAGUCAUAAUUUCGAUCCCAACCAUGUCAACGACAGCACUGGAAGUGACGGCGGCAUAACAGCGAUCAGCACCAGUGAAUGGAUUUCAUAUGUUCUGAUGAUAGUUGGUUGGUUCAUUCUCAUCCGCGCCGUUAGCGAUUUCUUACGGGCGCGGCGUCACGAACAACUGGUAUUACAAAGUCCCGAUCGUGGUCUCAGUGUCCCUGUGAUCGCAGUGGGAGAACGGUCAGAAACCGUUGUCUAA